AUGGAGAUUGUAAUUGAGGUAGCCUUUAGUGGUGGACAUUUGUAUGUGGACGAUUUUUUGAUAUACAACGCUCCUUGCAGCACGGACGGUAUUAGAACACCUGUGUGUCCACAAGGAUCGAUCAAAAGAAAGGGAUUGGAAAAUAUGAUGAGCUGUUACACGUUUCAUCCGGAACCAAUGACUUUCCUAGCUGCAAUUCAAACUUGCAAAUUAACCUGGCCAGGGGCAACAUUACUUCAAAUUGAAACAGCAGACGAGCAGGCUUUCAUCGCUAACAUCAUUAAUAAAACAAUUUCUAUGUCGAAUGCAGCUGACUUUGGCAUUUGGACAGGAGGGAAUGACGUUGAUACUGAACACACAUUUGUAUGGAAUGGUCCCACUCACCCAAUCGCAUUCAACUACACUCACUGGCACCCUGGACAACCCAACAACAUUGGAGGGGAUCAAGACUGCGUUUUAAUUCAAUACAAAUCAUCCAACUAUGAAUGGGGCGAUGUGAAUUGCAACGAGAAGCAUUCUUUCAUUUGUGAAAUGAAUUACGAUGUUAGACAUCAGCCAAGUCAUCAAUAUCCAAGUGGAGUUAUUGGAUAAAGGGCUCAGCAACGUUUCGAAUAACUACAUCACCGCUAAUGAUCUAAAGAGGAAAUACAUGUAUACAUUUCUAGU